CUUAAAUUAGGUUAAUAGUUCAAGUUUGGUCACUGGCCGUUAGUCUUCGUUAUCUUUUGCUGAUAUGGCAGUCAACUAUAAUAAUUGACCGUUAAAUGAGUGACGUGGCAAUUAAAAAAUAAUAAAAUAUAACUAUUUUUUAUUUUCCAACUAAUUAUUAUAAAUUAAAAAAGAAAAUCUUAAUUCUUUUAAUUAUUAUUUUCCACCUCCAAACCUUUCCUCUCAUCCGAUGCCGCUCGUAAAACCUCCGAUACGCCAAGCCAAUUUUCCUCGCCAUCGAGAUUCGUCUCUCAACCUCUAGUCCGGCACCACCCACGAAGACUGCUUCCUGGACACUUCUUCGAACGCGAUGUUGAAUUUCCGGUGAUUAAUCACUAUUAGAUUCCGUGGGAAUUCGUCUGAUUUCUUUCACACGCACCCCUCUCUACGAUCUAGGAAGAAAAUACAAGAUUGUAAAGCUUUUUUGAAGAGAAAAAAAAAAAAAAAAACGAAACCAAAAGAAGAAGAAAAAUUGCAGAGAAAGAAGUGUAUGUAUGUAUCAACCUAGCUUGUCACCGACAAUCCCCAGGGGCGGAAGUCGAAGCUAAAAGGCAGAGGCACAGUGGAAUUUACAAUCCACGACGCAUUCUUUCACUUUCGCCUGACGAUAGAUUCCCUUCAGAGAUCUACCAAGGGACCGGAAUCCAGAUUAGAGAAUUGCAAUAUCAGGCGCGAAUGAGUGAUAACUAACUCAAUACCGAUAGAGGGAAAGAGUAAGCAGCUCUGCUGAAUCGAACCCAGAGAAUUGAGGGCGAUUAUGAAGCGUGAAUGCAGAAAGAAGAGGGUUACUUCUUCUUUCUCCUCGAACGCCGUCUUGAAUUUCCGGAUGCAGCCGUCGAGGAGGUGUACGGGAAUCAGUCGUCGUGGGUGGUGCCGGACUCGAGGUUGAGAGACGAGAUCAAGAUCUCGGUGGCGAGGAAGCGUACCGUAGGUUUUACGAGCGACGUCGGUAGAGUGGAACACUCUGGCAGUGGAAAAUAAUAAUUAAAAGAAUUAGGAUUUUUUUUUAAAUUUACAAUAAUUAGUUGGAAAAUAAAAAUAAUUAUAUUUUAUUAUUUUUUAAUUGCCACGUCACUCAUUUAACGGUCAACUAUUAGAGUUGACCGCCACAUCAGCAAAAGUUAACGGUGACUAAUGUUCAGUGACCAAACUUGGACUAUUAACCUAAUUUAAGUGACUACGGAUGUAAUAAAGUAAUUCUGGUGGCUAACGUGAACUUUAUAAGUAAUUCAAGUGACCAAAUUUGUAAUUUAGCCAUUAAUCAAUCAAGAGCAAAAUA